UAUCAGAAAACAAUUAGCGCGGCAAACUAACGAGCGUUUAUUUUAUCUGCCAAUUUAUUUUUAAUUGUGCGUGUUGGUGACUCUGUAAAGGCAUUCGGCCGCGGCCGCCAUGUGGGUCACCACAGUAGUUGUUGCGGUUAUUAUAAGCUUUAUUCCCCACUGCAAUGGCCGCGGUCACUACAACAACCAAUCAGCGCACGAGUUUACGACGCCGCCCGAUGAGAUCGUGCCGAUGUUGCCCGACGAGGGCUUUCAGACGACGACCGUCAUCGCGGGCCUGAUGCCGGACUCCUUCGGCGAGAUGUUCAACUUCCUAGACGGAGACAGCUUUGGGAUUGGCCCAAUGCACGAGUUCGUAUACGGCUGGCAAGCGAUAGUGAACACUAUGAGUAUGAAGAAUAACGUCGAAGUUCGCAAGCGGGCGGGUCUGCAGCGGUUUGCGUUAGCUGGUAUCAACGGAAUUACCCUGAUAUCUCAUAUUGGAGUGACUGAGAUCAUGAUCAACGGUACUCGAACCUACUGCUUCGGUGGGGUGUCUCGACCACCGGGCAGGAGGAGCGUUAUUUGCAAGGGAGCAAUGUACCAAGAGGGUCGGUUCAGCUGCCAAGUGCCGUACCUCCGGUUCCCGACUGUCCUUGGCUACAGGUACUGCAUCGACAAGUACGCCGCAGUCAACACUGUCGACGGAACUCAUAAAAGAACAUACUGCGCCCGCGGGGAGUCGAUACCUAAGUUCCAUUACGACUACAUCUGCGAGAGACGGGACAUCAAGAUAAAACAUGUCAACUUUUCGGACCCCAACGAGAAGUUCAACAUACGGAACCCGGUCGUGCGCCGCGCGGAGUACUACAGGGCGCCUUAUGACAUCUUGAAGGUCUGCCCUGAUUGGUACGGCUGCAAUCUCCGCAUCUCUCCAGACAUGAUCCACCAGGAGCUGCCCACUGGUUUGAUGGACACCAACGAGACAGCGUUCGUUGGCCACGGCGGGAAAUAUUGGCUUGCUUUGUACUACACGCAGCUGUCUACAUAUGCGGUAUACUUCCAAGCUCACGGCGAGUACCCGUGGCAGUCCAACAGGCCGAUACUGUCUAUAGACAAAGGUGGAAUAUGGGAGCAACUCUUGAAGGCCAACAUUGGCCCAGACAUGAACCUCCACUACAAUCUCAACGGCAUCUUCAACCGGUAUCCAGGACAACCCAUGCCGCCUGAUCUGAUGAGGAAUGAGGGCCAGGUGCAACCAGCCAACUUCAUCACGGAUAUGCGGGAGUCGGGAGCCGAGCAGGUCCGCAUCGGAAAUGCUCAUUUGUCGCAGGAUAUCGACCAACCAGGACAACCUGAAGUCGGCAACAACUUUAACAAGUUUAUACACGAUACCCAGAUACAGGCUCAGAUGGGUUAAGGAAAUAUCGAGCUUGCUCACUUUAUAUGAAUUUUAAAAUAAAUUUACUUCAAUUUUU